UUCAAAGUAAUCCAGCGAGACACGCAAGCUGGCUGUAUACGAGUUAGAGACUGCACAGUGAUGGAAAAGGAUGCGAGAACGAAUUGGGAGAAUCCCAUGCAAUUUGUACUUGCUUGCGUCUCCUACGCUGUCGGACUGGGAAAUGUUUGGCGUUUUCCAUAUCUGUGUCAAAUGCACGGCGGAGGUGGCUUUUUGAUCCCAUAUCUGAUCAUGCUGGUCCUGGAGGGUGUGCCUCUAUUCUACAUGGAGCUCGCUAUAGGCCAGAAGAUGCGUCUUGGCAGCAUCGGGGCGUGGUCUGCCAUUAGCCCCUAUCUAGGCGGCAUUGGCAUUGCCAGUGUCCUGACUUCCCUGUAUCUGUGUCUGUAUUACAACAUCCUCAACGCCUGGAGUUUCUGGUACCUCUUCAAUUCCUUUCAGUCCGUUCUGCCCUGGGCAGAGUGCCCGCUGAACGCCAACAUGACGGGCCCGGACGAGGAGUGCGAACGGGCCACGCCCACCCAGUACUUCUUCUACCGGCAGACCCUGAACAUCUCCUCGUCCAUCGACGAGACGGGCGGGAUGCACCUGGGUCAGGUGCUCUGCCUGCUGCUGGCCUGGGCCUUCACCUUCCUCUUCAUCCUCCGCGGAGUCAAGUCCACGGGAAAGGUGGUCUACUUUACUGCCACAUUUCCAUACGUCGUCCUCUUCAUCUACCUGAUCCGAGGGCUCACCCUGCAUGGAUCUGCCAACGGUAUCAAAUUCAUGUUCACCCCCAAGAUGGAGCAGCUUGCCGACCCCAGAACCUGGGUCAACGCCGCCACUCAGAUCUUCUACUCCCUGGGUCUGGGCUUCGGCUCUCUCAUAGCCUUCGCCAGCUACAAUGAAUACAACAACAACUUUGAGCGGCAGGCCAUUGUCGUGUCAAUGAUCAACAGUGGGACGUCCAUUUUUGCCUGUAUAGUCACCUUUGCUAUAUACGGCUUCAAGGCUACCGUCAACUAUGAGAGCUGCUUGGAAAGGACGCGGAUGCUGCUGCUGAAUACCUUCGACAUGGCGGAGGAGCACAUCACUCUGGACAACGUUGGCGGGUGGCUGGAGACGCUGAACAGCACGUACCCGGAGCAGUUUGCCGACUUGUCGGGCGUUUUGGAGGAGUGCGACCUGGAGGCUGAAUUGGGAAACGCCGUGGAGGGGGCCGGCCUGGCCUUCAUAGUGUACAGCGAGGGUAUAAAGAACAUGCCUCUCCCCCAGCUGUGGUCUGUGCUCUACUUCUUCAUGUUGCUCACCAUUGGCAUGGGCAGCAUGCUGGGCAAUGUCACCGCCAUCAUCACCCCUCUGAGAGACUUCAAGGUCGUGUCUCGAAACAUCAGCAUCGAGGCUCUCAGCGCCCUGGUUUGCGUGUUCUGUCUCCUGGUGGGGCUGAGCUUCACCACACGCCAGGGAAACUACUGGUUCACCAUGUUCAACGACUACGCAGCCAGCUUCUCCCUCUUCUUCAUCGUCCUCGUGGAGGUCAUCAUCGUCAGUUACGUGUACGGGAUAACGAGGUUCGAAAAGGACGUAGAGGACAUGCUGGGCCGUAAACCGAGCUGGUUAUGGAAAGUCCUCUUGGUCGCAGUCAGUCCUGCGCUGCUCUUGUGUCUGUUUAUCUUCUACAUCGUCGGUUACAUCCAGGGAGGAACGCCCACCUACAAAGCCUGGGACAAAGACCUGGGGCGUUCAGUGGUGAUGGAGUAUCCUGUCUAUGGCCAGGUCUUCAUCGGUCUGCUCCUGGUCUCCACCAUAAGUUGCAUCCCACUGAGUGCACUCUAUACAUACUGCAGGCGCAAGGCCCGACCCGCGACACCGGAACCGUCCCAAAUUGCUCUGAGGGAGCCUGAUGCGUGGGUUGUUCCACCGUCAGAACACUGUUCCCAAGAAUAACCUCGUCCCUCGCCCCCACCCGGCCGGGAGGUCCGCUGUGUACCAGCCAAGUGGAGAGAUAUUGCCUUUCCAAACUCUCUCUCUCCCUCUCUCUGUAUCUCCUCUCUCUCCCAUACUAUAUUUCUGUCUUUCGCUCCCUCUCUCUUGCUUUCUCUUUUCUCGCCUCAAUCUCAAUCUCUCUCUAUCUUUGUAUCUGUCUCUCUCUCUCACUCUCUCCCUGUCUCUCUGUCUCUCUCUUGCCCCCCUCUCACCCCCUAUCUCGCCCUAUGUAUCUUUUUCUAUAUCUAUACCUAUAUCUAUGUAUAUAUAUAUAUCUGUAUCGGAUCAGUAGGUGCCAAAGAAGGUUUGUGUGAAUUUUUAGGUUUGGGCAUUUCAGCAUUUCAGGUCUCUUUAUGUUAAAGAGCAUCUGAGGUCUGAUCCCAUCCUGGUGUUGAAUGUACCUUAACGGAGAGUCUCAUAUAUACGUCUAUGUAACUAUAUAUACAUACAUAUAUACAUAUAUACAUAUAUAUAUAUAUAUAUAUAUAUAUAUAUAUAUAUAUAUGUAUACACACUCCAGAGGCAAAAUGUUCCAUGACCAUUGAAGUCACUUUAUUUCCUCCUCAACUGUACAUAUUCCCCAUGUAAUAGUUUUACUGUACGUCUUCAUAGUAGAGGUGUACUUUUGGUAUUUUUCGAUGAUUUUAUGGGUUGCAUUUGUACACUAUUCCGCUUACGAACAAUGAUUAGAUAAUAGUUACUUUCAUUCAUACCGCUGUUGUUUUUUACUGACUUUAAUCUGCUGAAAUUAAAAUAUUCUUCCACGGUG